GAAGUAGGCUGGAAGCCUCAAUUAAUAUUUGAAUAACAAUCUAAAAAAAACCUUUUGGAAUAUUAACAACCAGGUACUCUAAUACCGUGGUCAACACAAGUUCUAUCGAGGGAUAUAGUACGCGAAAGAAAUUGAUGCAGAAUAUGCAUGGCAUGCAGCCGCACAUUCGACCUACAUUCGACCUACAUUCGACCUACAUUCUAACUCCAGAGAGCAUAGAACGCUUCAAUUUGACAGGUGUCAAAUUUCCAUGCGCAGACACAAGAACAUAGUUUUCGUUCUCCCUCACAUCAUCUUGUUAAUUAUAUGUAUGUUUUUGAUCACUCAAAAAGAAAAAGCCCCAACACUCCAGAAAAUACACAAACCCACCCGCACAAAGCAAACAACAUCUCCUAUCAAGAAAGCCAUUCAAAAUGGCAAGAUGGGAUGCUCGAGAGACCUUCUCCAUCGACCCGAAAGUCACGCCGCGAUUCAACUGCGUGGGCAUAGCUGUAUCCGAGAAUCGCGAAUGCCUCAACCCUAUUGGCAAACCGAAACGCAUCACAGCAGCUAGAUUACUGGAUGAGCUUUCAGCAUUGCCUAUUUCUGGACCAGGCUAUAAUGAAAGACGGCUAAAACAAAUGAUAGAAGAGCUCCUUUUUGAAGUGCUUUGUUGUAGACACAAAGAUGGCGGAGGACACUCUCAAAUGGAAAGAGUAAAAAGAGAUUGGUGGGGCAAGAUUGAGAUGGAGCAAGCAGCGAUUAGAAAUGAUGGAGGACAACAGCCGGCGCAGAUUAUACAGCGAAGGAGGGAAUACAGACCUUUUGCGAACGUGGAGCCAGCUGCUGCUGAAUGGGCUCUUCAGCCCCUCGAAGUGAAUUUUAUGGGAAUCGCGGGUCGAAUCCAGGUUCUAGAGAAACGUAUUGCGCGCGAUGGGGCGGAGAGAGCGGAAUUGAUGGUGCGGGCAGAGGAAAGGAGGAGACUAUAUGAGAGAAUACGAGAGGACGAGAGGCGAGCAAGAGAGAGGGAGAUGCGAGAAGCAGCAAUGCGGCAAAGAGAAGAGGAGAGACGACGAGAAGACGAGAGGAUACAAAGAGAGAGGGAGAUGCGAGAAGCAGCAAUGCGGCAAAGAGAAGAGGAGAGACGACGAGAAGCCGAGAGGAUGCAAAGAGAGAGGGAGAUACGAGAAGCCGAGAGAAUUCAAAGAGAGAGACAACUGGAAGCGAAUAGGAUACGCGAAGAAAUAGAAGAAUUGAUGAGGAUGGAUAGAGAAUUUGCGUUUAGACUGGCAAGAGAAGAAGAGGAGGAAGAAGAAGCACAACAACGAGCAGACCGACGGGCAUUGUGGAGGGUCGAGAAUAGAUGGCAGGCGCAAAUAUUAUAUCCUGUUGCAGCACCGCAACUAUUUUGGCGUCGUCCUGCUCAACGCGAAGUCCGGCGCAGGCCUCUCGGCGAUUGUUAUUCCUGCCUUGAACUCAUCCGCCGAAAUGAAGACGCGGAUUGGUGUCGUGCGGAGUGUGGACAGAAUAUUUGUCACGGAUGCCUUGUGGAGUGGAGGAGAAAUCAUGUGGGGAGACAACUUACAUGUGGUUUCUGUCGAGCAGUUUGGAAAUUUGAGGACGCAUAAGAAGCUAGCAAUGCAAAACUUGGACAUUGAACUUCUAGUUGGCGUUGAGAAGUAUGUUAGAUUUUAACACGGGAGUUUAUGUUUCAUUGAGAAAAGAGAGAUGGUCUGAUGGAGAAAUUGCAUUGAAAUGAAUAAUUUUAGUCCUCAUCCCAAAUUUGUGGUUUGAAGCAUGAUUAUCCGGCUCA